AUGGCGGACUCGCAAGAGGACGUAACGCCGGCGCCGAACAGCAAUUCAUCGCGGCUUCUCCGGCCAGUGAAGGUAUUCUUGAAGGAACUCGGCCUGGUCACGCUCUACCACAGCCAUGUCGACACCAAGAUCCUGAUCCUCCAGCGUUUCGUGCGCCUGUUCGCCUACGGGGGCAGCACGCUCAUCCUCGCUUCGUACCUGUCGGAUCUCGGCAACGAGGACGCCCGGAUUGGACUGUUCAUGACCUUGACGCUCGUGGGCGACGUGUUUAUCAGUUUCCUGCUGACGUUGAUUGCCGAUCAACUGGGCCGGCGGUGGAUCUUGGUCCUGGGUGCGGCGUUGAUGUGCGCCAGUGGCGUGGUGUUUGGGCUGAGCGGGGAUUAUUGGGUUUUGCUGGGGGCGGCCAUUCUGGGGGUCAUAAGUCCUGCGGGCAAUGAGAUCGGUCCGUUCCGAGCGAUCGAAGAAUCGACCAUCGCGCAUCUCACGUCCAAGGAGGAGCGAAGCGAUGUUUAUGCCUGGUACAGCUUGAUCGGCACCGCAGGGACGGCACUCGGCUUUAUAGGCUGCGGCUGGGUCAUCACCUAUCUCCGGGAUGAGAGGCAUUUUGGCACGAUCGACGCCUACCGUGUCAUCUUCUUCGUCUACGCCGCCGUGGGCAUUGUCAAGCUGUGCUUGGCUCUCAUGCUGAGCAAGGCGUGCGAGCUCGAUCCUAAGCCGAAGCCUGCCAACGUGACGGAGGCGACGCCCUUGUUGGGCAACGGCACAGCGUCGACAAAGGAUGAUAAUGAUGAUGCGAAACAGCGGCAAUGGAGGCUGCUGCCGAACAUCAGCAAGGAGAGCCGAGUUGUCCUGAUGCAGUUGUGCGUCCUGUUCGCCUUUGACAACCUCGCAUCAGGAUUGGCACCGCUAUCAUGGGUCACGUACUUCUUCAAGCGCAAGUUCAACCUCUCGGAGGGCCAGUUGGGGUCAAUCUUCUCCGUCACGGGUGUCAUCUCGGCGCUUUCCAUCUUCGUGGCGUCGUCCAUCUCAAAAAGAAUCGGGAACGUCAAGACCAUGGUGUUCACGCACCUUCCGUCGCCCAUCUGUCUGGCCCUGAUACCCAUCCCCUCCAGUCUGGGCGGAGCCCUGGCCUUCCUCAUCGGCCGAGCCUGCACGCAGGUCAUGGACGUGGCUCCGCGCUCGGCCUUCCUGGCAGCUAUCGUCCUACCUCAUGAACGGACCGCGGUAAUGGGCACCAUCAACGUGGUCAAGACGUGUUCGCAGAGCUGGGGCCCGGUCAUCACCGGUGUCUUGGGGACGAAGAAGCAUUUCUGGGUCGCCUUUGUUGCCGCGGGGGCGUUGAAAGCUACCUAUGAUCUCGGCUUGUUGGCCGUGUUUGCCGAGAAGGAGGCCCGGAAGAACAGGACCGAGAGGGUGGAUGAAGAGCAGCGAGGCGCCUCGAGGGGGGCGGUAGGGUAA